AAUUUGCUGAGCGGAUGUUGAUUCGGAAACGCUGUUGGAGCAGUUGUGUUUUCCUCAAAACUAGCUUCAUGGCUAAAUAUCUCAGAUAACACAGUGUAAAACGUCGUCUCAGACAGUGGACCAACACAUAUUUUAUAGCUAAAGAUAGACCUUUAAUACGGUUAUGAUAUGACCGUUGAAUGAGCUCAACGGUUAACGUUUUUAAAUCUCCGCACCACUUGGGGAAGUGACUGGACUGAGCAGGAUGCUAGCAUGUUAGCUUAGACAAGUGUUAUUAUGAGGCUUAAUUGUUCUUCUUUAUGCUCAUACUCGGUUUAAAUAACAUCUUCGCAAUGGACACCGAGGCAAUAGUUAUCCGUAUAAAAACACCGUCAGGGGACAUGGACUCGGCCGUUGACUGUCCAUCUCUUCUGAACUUCAAUGACUUACUGGUUGCAAUCAGAGAUGUCAUGCCUGAAGCCACUGUCACGGCAUUUGAAUAUGAAGACGAGGUGGGGGACAGAAUCACUGUAAGAAGUGAUGAAGAACUCAAAGCCAUGUUGUCAUAUUACUUCAACACAAUGAAUGAACAACGCAUGAAUGGACUGCUGCCGGACCCUCUACAGAUUUUUCCAAGAGCCGGCAAGACUCCAGGGAUCCGGAACAUACAUGGCCUGAAGGUUAAUACAAGACCUAACCCAGCCAAUGACUGCACUCAUGCUGUCCCAGACUCCAUGGCCAACAACAGCUUAAAAAAAUCAUCUGCCGAGCUGAAGAGGAUCCUGACAAAUGGGCAGAUAAAUGCGCAAGAUAUCCACUAUCAAGAGCAGCUUGGCCAUGGAAAUGGAGGCACGGUUUACAAAGCGUAUCAUCUUCUGGGCAGGCGGGUUUUAGCUGUCAAGGUCAUACCCCUGGAUAUCACGGUGGAGUUACAGAAGCAGAUCAUGUCAGAAUUAGAAAUUCUCUACAAGUGCGAUUCACCCUACAUCAUCACUUUCUUCAGUGCCUUUUUUGUAGAGAACAGGAUAUCCAUAUGCACAGAAUUCAUGGACGGUGGUUCUCUUGAUGUCUACAAAAGAAUUCCUGAGCAUGUGCUGGGGAGAAUCGCAGUGGCAGUAGUCAAAGGCUUGACAUAUCUGUGGAGCCUGAAGAUACUUCACAGAGAUGUCAAGCCUUCCAAUAUGCUGGUGAACACCCGAGGACAAGUCAAGCUCUGUGACUUUGGUGUCAGCACGCAGUUGGUGAAUUCUAUUGCCAAAACGUAUGUGGGAACUAACGCAUACAUGGCGCCGGAAAGGAUAUCAGGAGAGCAGUAUGGUAUCCACGCAGAUGUCUGGAGUGUGGGAAUCUCAUUCAUGGAGUUGGCGUUAGGCAUGUUCCCUUAUCCACAGAUUCAGAAAAACCAAGGAUCUUUAAUGCCUCUCCAGUUACUGCAAUGCAUCGUUGAUGAGGAUCCUCCAGUUUUUCCUGUCGGCCAGUUCAGUGAAAAGUUUGUUCACUUCAUCACUCAGUGUAUGCGGCGGCAACCCAAAGAGCGGCCUGCCCCCAAUAACCUCAUGGAUCAUUCCUUCAUCAUACAGUUCAACGAUGGAAAUGCAGAGGUGGUGUCGAUGUGGGUUUGUCGUUGUCUGGAGGAGAGAAGAGCUCAGCAGGUUCAGGGACACGUGUGACGUCCUCCUGCUGUCCACCGAACACGGACCAGGACAUUUGAUCCCAAACUUUGAACACUUAUCAAAGGCAUCAGGGUCAAGUACGUCUACAUGCACUGUACAAGUGACUUAAUGUACAUGGACAAAAAUCACUAGAUGUUACAAGCUUUCUGUGAGUAAUUCUUUAUUUAACAGCACUCGUGCGCCGUGACAAUGAGGAGCUCACAUCCUUUGAACUUUACAUCUUAAUCUCUUCAACCAAAAGGUGCAGAAGGGUCUGUGCUUUCUUUUUAACGUGGGUCUCCAUCUGCAGCUUCGUCCUCACGUGUUUCAGCAGUAUACAGAAAUGCAGUGAGCACAUCAGUCUGAUGAAUGGAGAUAAACGGUCAAGAAACAACUUCAGAGCAGAACGCUGCAAAACGCUGGCAGUGUAAUGCUCUCUUUCUGGGAUGGUGUCUCAAAUAACCGUCUUGUGCUUUACUGUUGACAGCCCUCUAGUGAAUGUUAAGGUUUUUGCCUGUGAGUAACUGCCCAUGUGUGUGCCUGUUUUUACAGUGGUGUAAUUUAUUACCUCAGCAAACUUAGGUUGUCACUGUAAACUUCCUCCAAAAAAAUUAUCUUUUAUUCCCGGACAUGAACAUUUGUAUCCAUUUAUUCCUUAAACUCGUUAGGUCGAGGUAUUAACUGGAUACAAUGCUUUGUCUUCAAGGGGUGUUUAAGUGAACGAGGCUGCAGUAUCAGAGUUUGAAGCAGCUCUGCAGUGUUACAGAGUGCAAUGAAAUAUUGAAAUGCAUCUUUUUGUUUCUCAAGCUUACCAACCAAACAAUUAAUUGUUGUCACUCAUCAGGAGGAACCAGGGUUUUUCUCCGUUUGAACCUGUUUUUACCUCCGUUGUUUUAUUUUCCAUUUCCAUGCCGGAUGUUGAAUGCCACUGAAUGAACUGCUGGAGAGUAAAUUAUGCUAAAGCAAUUCUUCACUUUGAUUAAGAAGCUAUUUGUUUUUCUUAAAAUCCAUUAAGAAUAAGAGGAAAUAUGGACAGAAAACCAUAUCACUUCCUCCCCUUAUAAACCCACCUUUUUUUUUUCAUUUUAAAUAAUUUUUUUAUUCUCUUCUCACCAGUGAAUCCUUACUUUAGCAACAAAUGUCAUAUACUAUACAUAAAGUUUGCUAUUUUAUUGGAUUGCCAAAUGAGAUCAGUUAAUGUACUAUAGAGGGAAAAAUAUUACACAGUGCACUUAACACCAAAGACCACUGACGACCCAAAUGGUGAAUUAUAAGCACCUCUCUGGACUGAGGCAAACAUAAUUGGUUAGGUGACAAAAAUGAUUUGAUAAGGACUGUUGAAAUGUGUCGAGCUUAAGUGCAAUUAAAUGCCAUUUCUUCCACAUAGGAACAGUAAAAGCAGCCUGGAAAUGAAUGUAACUGCAGAAACUUAGAGCAACAGAAAACACUUAAAGGAAUAUCUUUCACCCUUAAAAAGACCGUUUGUCUAUCAAUUACUCACCCGUGUUACCCUGAAUUCUUGAAGAAAGCACUGUUGUUUUUCUCUACAGUGUUAAUCCAAAAACAGCAUAAAUACUUGUUGAAUAGAAGUAAAUUGGGGCCACAUAAAACACUUCCAAAUUAAGUGCCUCAUGCUUGCAUAGGGGCGCUGCAGUAAGGUUUGUGGCAAAGUGCAUGUUUUUAGGAAAUAGUGAGCAUAUGACUGAAUAAAUGAGAAUGGGAUUAAAGUGCCUGAGUUGUGCUAAAGAUUGUGAAUGGAUGUUUUGAUAUAGUUUUGCUGUUGUUUAACGCGACCCCCAUUUACUUCAACGUCUACAUUUUUGGGAUUUUUCUUUUACCAUUGAGGCAAGGCAAGUUUACACAAAAUAUUAAAAGCACAUAAAAGAGACAUAUAUAAAAUUACAUUCAAAUAUAAAAAUUUAAGACUGAAAACGAGCAGAAAAAAUAUUUAGGAAAGAAUAUAAAAGUACAUUCAAAUAUAGAAUUUCAAAAUUGAAAGCGAGCUGAUUAAAUAUCGACCAAUCCCAGAUGAUCUGAGAGUUUUGGUGGUUUGUAGCUAAGCAGAAGAUCAGAAAUGUAUUUCCGCCGUAAACCGUUCAGUGCUUUAUAGACCAACAACAGUAUUUUGAAAUCAACUCUUUGACAGAUUGGAAGCCAGUCGACCUCAGAAAUGGAUUAAUGUGAUCUACUUUUUUGGUCUUAGUGAGGACUUGAGCAGCAGCGUUUUGAAUGAGCUGCAGCUGUCUGAUCGACUUUUCAGGGAGACCUGUAAAGACAAGUCUUGAAGAAAAAUUUUCUUCAAGACUUUAUGGUAACGCAGGGUGAGUAAUUGAUAAACAAAUGGUCAAUUUACAGGUGAAAUAUUCCUUGAAAGCACCAGUUUAUUAUACAAGUAGUUUCUACCGUUAAAUUGUAUGUGAACAUGCAUGUGUCAUGAUCCCUCAUACGAACAAAUUUCAUUAGUGCCAUUAUCUCUGCUUCAGAAGCCUGAAAUUGAGGCACAGCCUUUUUACUUUAAUGUACAUACAUAUACUUUUACCUUAAUUUUGGGGGAAGACUUCUGUGCAAGAUGCCAUUCCUUUUAAUAAAUAAAUUAAUAUCACUCUCAUAAAUGGCAAAAGUUAACGUUAACAGAAAAUCCUCAAUAUGGAUUUUCCAACUGUUGCACACUGAAUAAAAUAUGUACUUUACAUUAUACCACAUAUAUUGUCAAUUAUAUUCAUCUGUCUAAAUCUACCUUGGUAUUAACACAUCUGCGAGACAUCCACCUUUAAUUAAGUUGGCCUUAAAUGUACCUGAAGCUAUAAAUACUUUAAACUAGUAAAUAAAUAAGAGUGUGCAGUCAGUGGCUGCUGGCUGCUGGCUGCUGAUCAAAACAAAUGUUAAAUAUAUUCUUGCAACUCAAGGAAACCAAAAAGAAAAAUGACUUCUUAUUUCUGAACAGAUGUUCUGUCAGCUCCAAAAAGCUCAAACAUAUUUUAUGGUUUGUCAUUGAGCUCAUUGACUGUGAUUUUUAAAUAUGAAUCUGCAGUAACAAUUGAAUUAUUUAUUUAUUUUUUUUACUUUUCAGCUUGUGACUGCUUCCCUCGUUAUUUCUCCUGUUUUUGUCAAACCACAAAACAUUAAGUCAGUGAUGGGACUCAGCAGAAAUAUUAGUGCUGUGAAAUUACUGGCUGAUUAUGGCCUUUUUCUGUAAUUAUCUGUGUUGGCACAUACUCCAACCGUAAUGCACAAAUAGAAUAAAAACUAUUUAAACAUAA